AUGCCAAAUAAAUUUGAAUUUAACAACGCAAAGCCAUUCACGCCUCAUAAUUAUAGGCAAGUUUUAGAAAGUUGUCCAAAUACAAACUGGGUAUCACAUGAGAAGUACACCAAGCACCAAAAACCGAUGGUUCAAAGUAGGAGUUCUCCACCACUUCGAACUUUAAAUAAUUUUCAAAGUUGUGAUGAAUGUAAUGCGAAUUUGUUUGAAUUUCACCAAAACGUAUUUUCCAAUUCUCAAAAAUUAAGAGACACAAAUCCAAAGACUCAAACUAUGUCCAAUUCACCAAAUAUGUUUGGUUCUAAUACGUAUUUAGCAAAUACAGACAAUAUGAUACCCUCAUAUAAUAAUUUCAUCGGGUAUCCAGUUCAAUCAAAUGGAAUGAUAGGAAUGACUUCGGGCGGAUUACUUUAUAACAAUCAUUUUAUUCAUUCAAACGACUAUCCUUUACAAAAGGACUACCAUCCUCCUUACAAUGGAAGAAAUAACAUACAUAAUAUGAUGAAUUCAUAUCAAAGGGCAGAUGGGUCUUUAAAUAAUAUAUGUAAAUGUCCUGAGGACAUACUAUCGACCAAUGGUUCAUUCCCAACUGAUUUUGACCCUAGGGGAGCCAAAGAUAUGCCAGCAAAAGAAAAAGUUACAAAUUGGAUUGAUAAUAUUCCAAUAUACGAAAUACGUGAUAACAUUUGGAAUAAUGAUUGUUUUCCAAAUGAUUAUUCAUUAAACUGGGAUGAAGUCGAGUUUGAUAGAAAAAAUAAUCAGUUCUUAACAAGAGACCAAAAUGUAUCAUUAACAAAUUCCGAUGAAUUAAUCUUUUUACAAAGUAAGAAAAUUGAUUGUUUAGUACGUUUGGUGUAUAAUUUAGAAAAAGAACAAUCUAAUUCAAAAAAUAAUACAGCUUCAAGUCAGAAUGAAAAUGAUUUUUAUUAUCAAGACAAACGUAUUUCAGAAGAUGUUGAUUUUGAUAAUAAUUUUGAAAUAGGGUUCUCUUAA